AUGCCAACACCUACCUGUCCAAAGUGCGGGAAGGUUUUCACCAAGGACUCCAGCAUCACUCGCCAUCUAAUUCCACCGCGGCGAUCCCUCAAUCCGCCUCAAAAUUUGGAUAUCAGUGUUGAUAUGGGUCAGGGAUUUGGUGUUGGGGGUGACUCACAAUUCAAUGCUCAGGCCGAGGAUUCCAUGGAUACCAACUUAGACGCCAGAGACCUCACAGGAAAUUUACCUCCAGCUAGUGAAGAAUGGUAUGAGGGCGCAGCCAGGUGCUAUUCUCAGGAUGGCAUCACAUUUCUGGAUCUUUUUGACGCCGACGAGCAUGCAGAAUACAGGAAGGAGAACCUGUUUUAUCCAUUCACAUCGAGGGAAGAGUGGGAGGUCGCCGACUUCCUCCUGCGCUCUGCCCUUAGCAUGGCAGCAAUCAAUACCUUUUUGCAGCUCUCUAUGGGACCGAGCUGGAAAUGUCAACUCAUUCCCUCGCUUCAUGGCACAAAAAGCCCAAUUCGACUAUUUUGGAGGGACCCGGUCGAGUGUUUGGAGAGUCUUUUCAGUAACCCCCUCUUUCAUGACCAACUUGACUUCAUCCCUCGUCGCGUUUACAAGACUGCGGCACAGCUCCUGCGUGUGUAUUCGGAAUGGUUGAUGGGUGACACUGCUUGGAGCAUCCAGGAUCAACUGCCCCAAGGCGCAACAAUCCUUGGCACCGUGCUUUCGUCUGACAAGACCAAUGUCACGAUGAUGACAGGUGCCAGGGUCGCACACCCGCUUCUGCUAGGCCUUGCCAAUAUUCGCAUGCGCACUCAUACAAAGCUCUCAUCCAAGGCAUUCAUGCUCGCGGCUCUCCUCCCUAUCCUGCAGUACCUACACCCCAAUCAACGAAUGCGGGGUAUGCUCGAAGAUCGUCUCAUCCACGAAUGUCUUUCAAUCAUUUUGCAGCCCCUGAUGAAAGCCGCCGAACUUGGAAUCAUGAUGUCCGACCCAGUGGGGAACAUCCACCAUUGUUUUACCCCCCUUGCUGCAUACAUUGUCGAUACCCCCGAGGCAUGUAUGCUUGCAUGUGUGCACGGUAAAACUUCUCCGUUUACACUGGUGUCGUAUCUGCAGUUCAGGGACAACUUUCGUCACCCCACACGUACACGUGCCAUCACUCUCGAGCAGCUCGCCAGCAUCAAUACAGAUCCCAACGACCUCGAAGCAUUUUUUGCUGCAUGCGCGGAUUUCUGGCUAAAUGGUGUCUUUACACCUUUAUGGAAGGGCUGGCGGUUCGGUGAUCCUGCAAUCUUCCUUACACCAGAAGCUCUGCAUCACUGGCAUAAGCAAUUCUACGACCACAACGUGCAAUGGUGUCUUGUAGUUCUUGGAGCGGUGGAAUUUGAUUUCCGGAUCUCAAUAUUGCAACCCGUCACAGGCUAUCGCCACUUCUCCAACGGAAUCUCCAAACUGAAACAGGUCAUGGGCAGAGUCCACCGCGAUAUACAGUGUUAUAUCGUUGGACUGAUUGCUGGUGCAGCCCCUCGUCAAUUCGUGGUUGCAAUUCAUCACUCGCAAUAUUUCACGACAACAAAGAUGCCAUUAUCCAUCCCCAUUGAGAAACUGCAUCGUUUUGCAAUUGCUACAACUCUCAAUAGCCUUCCCACUGAUCCCGAUCUCGAAGAACUUCGUGAGGUUGAAGGGGAGGAUGACGAUGACGAGGACGAGGAUGAGGAAGAAAAGGGGGCAAGUAGUGAACCGAUGGAUCCACGAACCGCACUUUUAGAAGAACUGAAUCACACACGGACCAGUUCCAACUACUUCAGCAAAAUAAGAAUGUUGGCUACUGCAAGGCGUGAUGAAAUUCCCCAGGCUCACCCUCCUCGUACGUUCCUUGCUGGCGGCACCACCAUUCAUCUCAACUGUAACCCCACCCGCACUAGCGUGAAAAUUGACGAGGUCGCCGAUCAAUUCAACAUCCCAGAUCUGCGGUACGCUCUCUCAGACUUCCUUCAACGCGAUGCAAGGAAUGGAAAUGGAGUUUUUGGGAUGGGGGUCCCAAGAAGAUCGCUGAUCGACCGCCCCUUGAGUAUCCCUUUCGAGCGCAUUCAACUAUGGCAUACUGUUCGCAUGCAGCAAGUUUGUCUCCACGAUCCCAGUGUCGUUUUACCUGCGCAAACCAUACAUGCCUCUCCUGCACACGUUGGGUGGCCGAAAGGAUGUUGCCAUUCUCAAUGUUGA